AUGGUGAAGUAUUUCCUGGGCCACAGCGUGCUCCGGAGUUCCUGGGACCAAGUAUUCGCUGCCUUCUGGCAGCGGUACCCGAAUCCCUAUAGCAAACAUGUCUUGACAGAAGACAUAGUGCACCGGGAGGUGACCCCUGACCAGAAGCUCCUGUCCCGGAGACUCCUGACCAAGACCAACAGGAUGCCCCGCUGGGCUGAGCGACUAUUUCCUGCCAAUGUUGCUCACUCAGUGUACAUCCUGGAGGAUUCCAUUGUGGACCCACAGAACCAGACCAUGACCACCUUCACCUGGAACAUCAACCACGCCCGGCUGAUGGUGGUGGAGGAACGAUGUGUUUACUGUGUGAACUCUGAUAACAGCGGCUGGACCGAAAUCCACCGGGAAGCUUGGGUCUCCUCUAGCUUAUUUGGCAUCUCCAGAGCCGUCCAGGAAUUUGGUCUCGCCCGGUUCAAAAGCAAUGUGACCAAGUCAACGAAGGGUUUUGAAUACGUCUUGGCCAAGCGGCAAGGUGAGGCUCCUUCCAAAACCCUAGUUGAGACAGCCAAGGAGAAAGCCAAAGAGAAGGCCAAGGAGACGGCACUGGCAGCUACAGAGAAGGCCAAGGACCUCGCCAGCAAGGCAGCCACCAAGAAGCAGCAGCAGCAGCAGUUUGUGUAG